GUCAACACUAAUGGUGAUGAAAUUGCAAAAUUAGCUACAGAAUACUCGCCUGCUGAGAUUUCAUACUUUAAACGAUUGAUUGAACUUAUCGUCACUGCGGAUGAUGACGCGUUUUCCGCAUCUUCGAUUAUGGCGUUGAAAGAAGCUUCAAAAAUCAAGACACAACUUUCAAAAAGUGCUGCAGAAACUCUUUUGCAACGAUUUGUUGAUGAUAAAUGGCUGGGUCAACGCUGUGAUGUACUGGAGUGUAAAUCACGUUUUCACCAUCAUUGUGCACGUCGUUAUUUUUCGUCGCAAAAUGAGAAAGUUUGCCCAGCAUGUAAAAUUGCUUGGAAGAAUUCUAACAUUGUUGGUGAACCACUAAGAAUAUCCGAAG